CGGUCAGUUUGUGUACACCUGCACCAUAGCGGGCCUUUUGGGAACUCAGCGGUGUAAGAUCUGAUUCAGGGUCCGCAGGGCGGUGUGUUGAGUACAGAGCCGAGCAGAGCAGGCCCGCCAUUUCCCCCCGUUCCUCAGUGGUCUUUUCUCUUUCAUAGCGCUUUUUAAAGCCGAGCAGCGGCGGCAGCGGCAGGAGGAGGAGGAGGAGGAGCAGCAGCAGCAGCAGCGGCGGCGGCGGCGGCGGCGGCGGCAGGAGGAGGAGGAGGAGGAGGAGGCAGGAGGAGAGACGCAGGGAUCCGGUGUGCCACAUCGGGAUGAGAGCGAGACAGAGACCCGGGUCGGAUGAGUCAGCGAGUGGACCCUGUAAUCACGGCAUUCGUGAUAUCUGAAUGAACGGAGCCGAGCGGCGCAACAAGAAAGAAACAAUAUAACAUUUUUGAUAAUUGUUGUUGUCGUCAGAUUCCGCUUCUCUUUAUUCCGCCCUCCCCUGGUCCGCGUCCGCUAUAGCCUGGUUUAGAUUUUUAUUUCCACCAAGGUGGGGAAAAAAAGGGGGGUCCGGCAAGGUUGCGGAGGAGGUGGAGGUUUUAUUUUAUUUUUUUGAAGCCCAUAUCCGAAGACAAAACCCAGACGAAGCUCACAUUUUGAAAGUAUUUUUGUUGCAUUUGAGUGAGCUGAAGAUGUCGGGGCAGAGCAUUACAGACCGGAUAACUGCAGCCCAGCACAGUGUAACGGGAUCCGCCGUGUCGAAAACAGUAUGCAAGGCCACCACUCACGAAGUAAUGGGCCCGAAAAAGAAACAUUUGGAUUAUUUGAUCCACUGCACCAACGAGAUGAACGUGAACAUUCCCCAACUGGCCGACUCGCUGUUUGAGAGGACCACCAACACCAGCUGGGUGGUUGUGUUUAAGUCACUUAUCACCACACACCACCUCAUGGUCUAUGGCAACGAGCGUUUUGUGCAGUACUUGGCUUCAAGGAAUACAUUAUUCAACCUCAGUAAUUUCUUGGACAAAAGUGGGUUACAAGGUUACGACAUGUCAACAUUUAUCAGGAGGUACAGUCGAUACCUGAACGAGAAAGCUGUUUCAUACAGACAGGUAGCCUUUGACUUCACAAAAGUUAAACGUGGAGUGGACGGCGUGAUGAGGACCAUGAAUACAGAGAAGCUGCUCAAGACUAUCCCCAUUAUUCAGAACCAGAUGGAUGCCCUCCUUGAUUUCAAUGUCAAUGCCAACGAGCUGACUAAUGGAGUCAUCAAUGCAGCCUUCAUGCUUCUCUUCAAAGACUCCAUCAGGCUCUUUGCUGCUUAUAAUGAAGGCAUUAUCAACCUGCUUGAGAAAUACUUUGACAUGAAGAAGACUCAGUGUAAAGAAGGUUUGGACAUUUACAAGAAGUUUCUCACCCGAAUGACCCGGAUAUCAGAGUUCCUCAAAGUAGCAGAGCAGGUGGGCAUUGAUCGAGGAGACAUUCCAGACCUUUCACAGUUCACAGUUUGUGCUCCCAGUAGCCUUCUCGAAGCUCUGGAGCAGCAUUUGGCCUCUUUAGAAGGCAAGAAGGUCAAAGACUCCACUGCAGCCAGCAGGGCUAGCACUCUGUCAAAUGCAGUCUCAUCGCUGGCCAGCACGGGGAUGUCUUUCACUAAAGUGGAUGAGCGGGAGAAGCAGGCAGCUCUCGAAGAGGAACAGGCUCGACUUAAAGCUCUGAAGGAACAGAGGCUCAAAGAGCUUUCCAAGAAGCCCUCCUUCGCCACCACUGAUACAUCGCCGAUCUCAACCACCGGGGGCACUAUCAGCACAGCACCAGCCAUCGACCUCUUCUCUACACCAAGCUGCUCUAAUGGUGCAGUGAAGAUGGAGAGCGACCUUUUUGACCUGCAGUCAACUUUCCAGCCCUCCAUGCAGUCAGGCUCAACAGGGCCUCUAGCGGCAACAGCGUGGGCAGAUCCUUUCACCUCUGCUGAAGCUGGAGAUGAUUCCAUGCCAAACCUUAACCCUUUCCUCUCAAAACUCGUUGUUGAUGCCACUCACUUACCUGUCGUGUCUUCAGACGGUGUUAGCUUUUCCUCUAGGACAUCUGGUCAUGAAAUGUUUGGUGAUCGUUACAAUCCCUUUAUUGACACAAACUCAUCCGUUUCAACCAAUUACAAACGCACAGUGCGGAUAGAACACUCCAUCUCAGACUCCUUCUGUGGUCCAGUGUCCAUUGCCCAGCACCUCCCACAUCAGGCUCCCUACCCCACUGAACCCUCUACUGUAGCAGGUCUAUUCAGAGGAUACUCAACGCCACAGGCCCCUCCACAGCAGUCAGCAGGGGGGGGACUCCAAGUGGACUUUGAGUCAGUUUUUGGAGCCAAAGCCACAGGCAGCAACAGCCUCAAUUCUGAUGAUAUUACUGGGAGCAUCCUGAAACCGACUCUUGCUGGCUCCAACCAGCUGUCGGGUCAGCAGCCAGAGAAGCUGGUGUCAGAUGACCUUGACUCCUCUCUGGCCAACCUUGUCGGCAACCUCGGCAUCGGGAACGGCACAAUGAAAAAUGACAUCCACUGGAGCCAGCCGGGGGAGAAGAGGAUGACCGGCGGCACCAACUGGCAGCCCAAAGCGGCGCCGACCACGACCUGGAACCCUGUUUCCAUGCCACCGUCAAUCAUGGCCUUCCCUGCCACCACGCCCACAGGCAUGAUGGGAUAUGGCAUGCCUCCACAAAUGGGCUCUAUGGGGAUGAUGAAUCCACCCACCAUGAUGUACUCCCAGCCUGUGAUGAGGCCACCCAACCCCUUCGGCUCUGUGUCUAGUGCUCAGGUGGGUGCACGGCAGUCUGACAACUCCACCAAGCUGAUGCACAAUGAAAUGCAGUUCAUGUAAUUUGAAGAAACGUGUCUCUCGGAAGAUGAAGCACUUGGCAGCAAAGCUUUGUCCCCGUUGCAGUCUAACUCUUCAGAGAAACAUUCACACACACCCAAAUACAGACAUGUCAAGAACACAAUGGUGCAACGACUGUCAGAAACCAUGGUAACCAUGUCCAAAUGACGUUUGGCGAUAGCUCACACCCAUUAUUCUGUAACUUGUCCGAGACGUCGAGUGAUGCUGCUGUCUAAACCCCCCUUAAUGAGGAUUCCUUGUCCAUUUUACAGUGUAAUCUGUAAAGAUAGUUAUGGGUGCUGAGACACUUUGAUGUUAUGUAUUUGGACAUACUGUGGUUGGAUGUAAAGGCUUGAUGUUCAGCGGGGAGGGGGUGGAAGGAAAAAGGAGAGCAGUCCUUCCCUUUCUUGAUCCGACCAUCAGUCAUCCAUUCCCUACAGUUAUUUAACUGUCACUAAGUAGUGAUGCUAAUGGCGUUUACACCUGUUUAGUUUUUGUCUUUUUUACCGUGUUUACAGUAGACAUUCCUUGUGUGUUGUUUGUAUUUAUUUAUGAUUAUUGGUUUAAGAUUGGGGGGAAAAAAUAAUGUAAAAUCUACAAUACAUUGAACACCUGUGGGAGUGCUUCAGCAUAAAACAAGGAUCUCAGACUAUCAUUGAGAGGUAGAGUUAAAAAUAGCUAUUAUAUAAAUUACACCUAUUAAGCGGAAUGAUAGAGCACUAAAUAUUCUACGAGUUUUGUGUUAAAUUUUUUUACUAGAUGAAAGAUUUCACAAUCUCCUCCGUUGUACUUAAAGUGCAGGGGUUAGAGUACGAGUCAGUUAACAGUAUAUAGUCGAUUCUGUGCCUAGGGUUUUUUGCAAUGGAUCAGUUUCCUGUCUAGUUGAAAAAAACACUUCACCCACAAAUCUGAAGCAUCGCACUGGGUGGUGGGCUCCAUUUGCUUUAAGCUUGGCAUGCCAUUGACUCACUGACCGUAUUCAAGGCUGCCUUUACUCUGAAUGUGAAAGAGUUGUCUUCAUGUUGCACACAUCUUUCCACACUACAGUUCCUCAGCGGGAGUGGGGGGGGGGGUGGGUUCGAGAGGACGGAGUGUGUCUGCUUGCUGGUUAGCUGUCGCUACGCUAAAUGGGAAAAGGGUCACAGAUUUGAUGUAAAUUAAUUGUAUAAAAGAUCCAGAGGACCAGGGUGGAGCGGAGGAGCGCUGUUGAUCGGUGCUCUGUGUAUAUAAAAACUGACUGUUCUUUGAGUUCAAAAGUGAAAGAUGUAUGAAAUAUGAAAGCAAUUCAAUCAAAUCUGACUCUACCUAAGUUUGAUUCAGGAUAUUCUCUGCGUUUGUCUCCGCAGAUAUUUUCUUUAUGUAAUUAGAACGUGUAGCAGACAAUGACUGAAGUCUUUUCUUUCUUUUACAAAUAAAGAGCAGCUUCCACAAA